CCUCUGCUCCUAAGAGAUUCCUCUAUUUUCAAGCGCGCGAUGGAUAUCUGACGGCUUCAGAAUGCUCUGUUCUUGUGCCACAAAAAAGAGGAAAAUAAUCAUAGUUUUAAAUAGCCGGCUAUAGCGCAGCAGGGUGCCGCUAAAUGGUCGUCUUCACAAAUAGCCCGAUUUAGCCCGCUAUAGCCGAUUUGAAGGCCCGCCGCUAUUUUUCAUAGCCCGCUAUUUAAAACAUUGAAAAUAAUUCUGAGCUCUGAGAUUCCUGUGCUGACAUUGACUGACUGAACCACACCGGCUGUGCGAGGCGCUCCACGGCGGCACCACCGCAUUCGCCCCCAUCCACCUCCAAUCUGGAGGGUUCUGUCCGCCUCCUCGACCACCUCUACCUCCUCCUGUCGGCGUGCACCGUAGCGGGGAUCCACCUCCUCCGCUGCCGUGAGUAUAAUCUACAAUGACGUCUUGGCCGGUACCUGCCAGCCAUUCAACGGGAGUAGCCCCAUCCAGGGCAGACCACAAUGACGUCUUGGCCGGUACCUGCCAGCCAUUCAACGGGAGUAGCCCCAUCCAGGGCAGACCGACUUUCCGGCCAAAUAGAUUGGUUGAUUGGUUGAUUGGUGGGGGUAAAUGUCUCUAAUAUAUUUCGUCCAAUUAGAUCUGUGCAGUCAUAAUCAGGUUACUGAACUCUAGUUUCUUGCAGCGUUGUACUACUAGACUGUGUCCAGUAUAUCAUGUGCUGGUUGUUCAACCAGAAUCAGGAAAUUUUCUGGCUAAUAACCUGAUAGUUAAACCAACAGAUUUGUUCACUUCGAUUCUGUUGGUAUCUUCAGGUUAAUCCAACUCCCAGUGCACACGGAGUUCAGCCACAUCGGAAAAUUGUAUUCCAACUAGAUCACAAUACAUAGCUACCCUUUUCGUCUUACGAGGUAGAGAGGAAAAGACUUCCUUUGUGCACAUGUUGUGUUAUGGAAUGUCACACCUAAUUUCUGCAAGGUAUGGUGUUUCUGGUCUCUGAGUGUUACCUUCACUUACUCGAUGGUGUUCAUAUAGUAAAUUUUCUGGUUAGUAUGAACCAAAAAUGCGUAGGAUGAUCCACGGAUAAUAAUCGAUGACCGGGCGAUAGCACAGUUGUACCUCAGGGCUCAGGUAUCGUGUCUGCGUUGGUCAGACCAACUAUCGUGAUCUAACUAGUGUGCAGUUUUCCGAUAUGCUUCCUUUUAGCUGACAAAAUAUAAAUUUUGUCAUCUCUGAAUGUUCUCCUUUUUUGUUCUGGACGUGUUUCAGCUUUAGGUGGAGCAUAUUGAAGAAUUCAGUUGUAUAGGGCCAGAUCCCGUCGUACUUUUUUUGGUACUUCUUUCUCCAAAUAGACUCAAAAGACCUGAAUAACAGUCAUACCAUGGAUCUGAAUCUUUUUUGUUUUGUUAUAAGCAUACUUCUCAUCCAAUAAUCUGGACUAUCAAGGAUCAUGCCAUAAUUUGAGUCUAGCCUUUUUAGCUAUUUAUUACUACUUACAGUACAGAACUAACAAGGAAAGAUAUGCUAAUGCAAAAUGUAGAGAACUAAUAAAAUGAAGAAGGAAAUUUCUGAACACAUUGCAUUUUUUAAUAGAAACCAAUAUAUAUUGUUCCAAGUUUGUCUUUUGGUCCCUACAGCUUAUGUUUCUUUUAUUGGUGUGCUCCAAUGUGUUCUCUGAAUACCUCCUUUUCUACUAAGAAGGUGAUAAUCCAGUUAUCCUUUAUGUUCUCGAAAAAGAUAUAUUUGAUUUCUUCUCUGUGUAAUACGUUUCAUUGGCUGCACAUAUGUCUUGAACUGUUCAAUGCAUGAUGAUGCACAUACGUCAGAAGGUUUGGUUAGCUGUCCCUGUUGUUAUAGGCCAACCCAGAAAUUAACAAUGCCUUGCUGAGGUACAACUAUUGCUGAGCUGUUGCAAGAUUGGGUAGUUGACUUGUGAUAAAUUGCGAUUGGUUGAAGAAGUGCAGAUCAAAGCUCGACUCAUCUGAAGGAGUAUUUCAUUGAGUACAACCAUCAGUUUAUAUUGUGGUAAGAAAUAAAGAUGCCCCAGCUGUUAAUGUGCAAAGUCAGAAUAGCUGUCCCUAUUAUUCCACGUCAAACCAAAAAACAAUGUCCGGUGCUGAGCUAAGAAGGCUAAUUGUCUAAAAUGAGUACGCAGUGCACAGCUAAGAUUGGACAGUGACUUUUGAUUGAUUGGGCAGUGCUCUACUCCUCUGUGGAAGUGUUUUAUUAAGUACAGCCAACACGGAGAAGAAGGUAAUCGAUCGAUGGAAGCAACCACCACUUCUCCCCCAGAAAGUCAAUGCUCGCACUGUCUCCCAUUUUCCUCAGAAGAUCUCCGCGUCUAGCUUGCUCGCACCACCGUUUUCUUCUCCACCCUGGACUGCAACUGGGAUUCCCUGUGUUCUGCGUGUGCCGUGAGCUCUGAGCAUUCCAAUGGCAGAGUCGGUGGCCACCAUGGUGGUCGGGCCGCUGCUGUCCACUGUGAAGGAGAAGGCGUCCAGCUACCUCCUGGACCAGUACAAGGUGAUGGAGGGCAUGGAGGAGCAGCACAGGGUCCUCAAGUGCAAGCUGCAGGCCAUCCUGGACGUCAUCACCGACGCCGAGCAUGCCGCGUCCGACAGAGAAGGGGCCAAGGCUUGGCUUGAGGAGGUCAAGAGGGUGGCUUAUGAGGCGAAUGAGAUCUUUGAUGAGUUCAAGUACGAGGCGCUCCGCCGUGAGGCCAAGAAGAAUGGGCAUUACAGCAAGCUCGGCAUCGAUACAGUAAGAUUCUUCGUCACUCACAACCGUUUUGUGUUCCGUGACAAAAUGAAGAAGAAGCUAUGCAGAAUCUUGCAGGCCAUUGAGGUCCUUGUGGCUGAGAUGAGCGCCUUUGACUUUAAAUAUCAGCAGCAAGCACCAAUAUCCAUGCACUGGCAGCAGAUGGAUCUUGUUAUCUCUGAUCCAAAGAAAAUCAUUAGCAGAUCGAGAAGCCAAGAUACUAAGAAUAUUGUUGAUACACUAUUUUGUCAAGCUAGCAAUCCAAAUCUCACAGUUGUUCCCAUCGUUGGGAUAGGGGGGCUAGGCAAGACAACCUUAGCGCAACUCAUUUACAAUGAACCUGAAGUUCAGAAGCAUUUCGAGUUGCUGAUAUGGGUUUGUGUCUCUGACAGCUUUGAUGUGGAUUCCUUGGCUCGAAGAAUUGUUGACUUUCAUCUUAAAAAUAGUAUAAUUAAAGCACCUUUUAAGAAGGGCCCAUUGGAUAGCCUCCAAAUUGUACUAAGCGGGCGUAGAUACCUCCUUGUUUUGGAUGAUGUACGGAACCGAGAGAGCGAUAAGUGGAAAAAGCUCGAGGUCCGCCUUACACAUGGUGCUAAGGGCAGUGUGGUUUUGGCAACUACUCGUGAUGAAGGAGUCGCAAAAAUAAUGGGUACAGUUAAAGCCUAUAAUCUCUCAGCUUUGGAGGAUAACUUUAUCGAGAAAAUUAUCGAGUCAAGAGCAUUCAGUCUGCAGAAGGAAGAAGAAAGGCCGGUCAUGCUAGUUAAUAUGGUUGGUGAGAUCGCAAAGAGAUGUCGUGGCUCUCCUUUGGCUGCAGCCGCACUGGGCUCUAUGCUGCGUACAAAGACCAGCAAAGAAGAGUGGAAGGCUAUAUCGAGAAGAAGCAACAUUUGCACCGAGGAGUCUGGAAUUUUACCAAUACUGAAGCUCAGCUACAAUGACAUGUCAUCACAGAUGAAGCAAUGCUUUUCUUUCUGUGCUGUGUUUCCCAAGGAUUACGAGAUUGACGUGGACAAACUGAUCCAACUAUGGAUCGCACAUGGCUUUAUCAUGGACCAAAAAGAAGUUAGUCCUGAAACCAUUGGCAAAUGGAUUUUCAAUGAGCUGACCUCAAGGUUAUUCUUUGUGGAUGUGAAGAAAGUCCGAGUCUCACGGUAUGAAUAUGCGCGCCCGGUGGUGGGUGAUUAUCCCAAACAUACAUGUAAAAUCCAAGAUCUUAUGCAUGAUGUUGCAUUGUCUACAAUGGAAAAAGAAUGCGCUCUUGCACCUAAGGAACCACGUCAGAUUGAGUGGCUUCCAGAUACAGCUCGCCACUUAUUUCUGUCUUGUGGACAACCAGAAACUAUUUUGAAUGAAUCUGUGGCGAAAAGAUCUCUGGCUAUCCAGACACUUAUGUGUGAUUGUUAUAUAGAAAUGGGAGUUCGGUUGCAGCAUUUAUCAAAAUACAACUCUUUGAAGGCAUUACGGUUCCUUUUAAAUUGGGGCGGACAAUUCCAUUUGAAACCAAAGCAUCUGCAUCACCUAAGGUACCUUGAUCUCUCAAGAAGUUAUAUCGAAUCACUUCCUGAAGAUAUAAGCAUUUUAUACAGCCUGCAAACAUUGAACAUAUCUUGCUGCUACUCACUUCGUCGGCUUCCAAGACAAAUGAAGUAUUUGACCGCCCUCCAUCACCUAUACACUCAUUGUUGUCCGAAGUUGAGGAGCAUGCCUGGUGGUCUCCGAAAACUCAUGUCCCUGCAGACACUUACAUGUUUUAUAGCAGGUCCUACUGGCUCUAAGUGCAGUGCCAUUGGAGAGUUGCUACAUUUAAACCUUGGUGGUCAGCUAGAGCUAACUCAACUAGAGAAUGUGACAGAAGAAGAUGCAAAAGCGGCAAAUAUCGGCAAUAAGAAGGAACUGCAAGGCUUGACAUUAAAAUGGAUUGUUGGUUGUGCUGAUGAUGCUAGAGUGCUGAAGAGUCUGAAACCUCAUGAUGGACUGCUGGGUGUAAGGAUAGAAUCCUACGGAGGCACCACCUUUCCGACAUGGAUGGCUAUGUCGAGAAACAUGGUUGAGAUCCAACUUUUCCAGUGUGAAAAACUGCAAUGGCUAUUCGGUUGUGAUACCACCUUCACUUUUCCAAAUAUGAAGGAGCUUACACUACAAGAUCUGCAUUGUUUGGACAGAUGGUGGGAAACAAGUAACGAGGUACAAGGACAAGAGAUAAUGUUUCCUCGGCUUGAGAAGUUAUCUAUUGUUAGCUGUGCAAAGUUAACAGCGUUGCCGGACACAACACUGCUUGGAGAACCUCAUGGUACAAUGGCACGGUCAGCAUUUCCAGCAUUGAAGGAACUCUACUUGGAUUUCUUGGACAACUUUUGGAAAUGGGAGGCAACCGAGGGAACACAGAGAGGACACAUGGUAUUUCCUAAGCUUGAGAAACUUACAAUUAUGAAUUGUUCUAUCCUGACAGCAUUACCGGAAGCACCGGUUGAUGGAGAUUAUAGUAUGGCACGGUCAGCGUUUCCUGCAUUGAAAGUUCUGAAAUUGAAAUGCUUGAGCAGAUUCGAGAGUUGGCAUGCAGUCGAAGGAUAUAAAGGAGAAAACCUAAUGUUUCCUCAGCUUGAGCAAUUGGUUGUCAUACACUGUGAAAAUAUGACAACAUUAUGUGGACAACGGACCUUCCCUCGCCUUCAGGAGAUCCGUAUCGAGUUUUGUCCAAAGCUGACAACAAAAGCUAAAUCACCAAAGCUCAGCAUGUUACACAUGGAGGGAAAUGAGGAAGAGAUGUUCCUGUGGGUAGCUAGACAUAUGACAUCAUUGACCAAUCUGAAACUGAAGAACCUUGAAGACACGCAAUCAACCUUGGAGGCGGCUGAUCAUAGUUUGACACAAGUGGUGGACGCCAUGGAAAAAUGGAAUCGAGAUGAUUUCCCUAUGGCAAUUAUGCACUUGAGUGGCUUUAAGUCGGGUGUAACUGAGCUAUGUGCAUGUUUUGUACGGCUUGAAUGGUUGUACAUCAAUGAUUGUGCUGCGCUUGUCCACUGGCCAGAGAAAGAGUUCCAAGGCUUGGUAUCCUUGAGGAGUCUAGAGAUUUCGUACUGCAAGCAACUGGUUGGAUACGCACAAGCUCCUGCAGCUGAGCCAUCAGCAACAUUAGAAUCCUCGACUCAGCUCCUGCCAAGCCUCGAGUAUCUCAAGAUAUUUCAAUGUGAAAGCAUGGUAGAGGUCUUCAAACUCCCUGCAUCCCUGAGGAAAAUGGAAAUUCUUGAUUGUGCUAAGCUCAAGUCCAUAUUCAAUAGGAGGCUGCAACUGGAACAGGCAUCAUCAUCGAAUCUUCAAGGGCGAUCACCUGUAUAUUCAGAGGUUCUGCUGGUGUUGAUUGUGCACGGCUCUGCCUUUUCGCAGAACUGUUUCUGCGCAUACAGCCUGGAUAGGGUAGAGAUCAUGUUUGGAAAGAUGGAAGGAGACGUUUCCGUCGACUAUGAAGGCAUCUGUGGCGACUUUGUCAAUAUCAAGAUGAUGUGCCCGGCUCACUCUCUUGGAGGUGCUCAUAAGGGUAUGUGCUUCCUUCCCCGUCUGAUGCAGCGAGCACGGCGACGCGACGGCAUCCCCUUCCUGCUGCUCCAACGCUGCAUUCACUGUUUUGAGGCUGCUGUCACGGUGUCACCGCCGCAGUCUUCAUCUUGGUCUCCGUGGCGUCUCAUAACACCAGACGAGCUCGACAUGAUGCGAGGUUUCCUGAUGGCUGCAAAUGACGAGCGGGAUGACAACCUGGUUGUGAAGAUAUGGGUGAAGCAAGUCCGCGAUGUGUCCUAUGCUGUCGAGGACUGCCUCCUGGAUUUUGCUGUCCGUCUUGACAAGCAAUCUUGGUGGUGUCUCUCCCGCAAGGUGCUAGCCCGACGUUAUGUAGCGGAGCAGAUGAAGGAGCUCAGGGCCAAGGUGGAGGAGGUCAGCCAGAGGAACCAACGGUACCACCUCAUCAAGGGCUCUAGCUCCAAGCCUACCUCAGCUGUUGGGCAGCCUACCAUCUCCAGUGCGACGAUGUCCGCCGCUGAGGAUGCCAGGCUGCGACGGCAGAAAGCAAAGAUGGAUCUCAUUGAGUUGACCAAUUGCAAGGAUGAGGCACUUCGAGUUAUAGCGUUGUGGGUCACAAGUAGUAGUGAUCUGCAGGAGAUGUCCAUCAUCAAAAGUGCCUACGAAGAUCCCAUGAUACACAAGAAUUUCGAUUGCUGUGCUUGGAUCACACUGGUGUGUCCUUUCAGUCAAGCAGACUUCAUUCGAAGCAUUGUUAGGCAAAUCUGUGUUAAUUCUCUUCAAGAGACAGGAGAAGAAGGAAAAACAACUAUUGGUGCCCAAGUUUUGAAGAUGAUGUCGAUGACGAAAGAAGAUGGUUUGGCUUGUGAGUUCAAGAGAUAUUUGAAUGACAAGAGUUACCUAAUUGUACUCAAUGGCAUACACACCACUGAAGAGUGGGAUUGCAUUAAAACAUGUUUCCCAACCAACAAGAAAGGAAGCCGAAUCAUAGUAUGCACUAAGCAAGUUGAAGUUGCAUGCUUAUGCAUAGAAGCAGAGGAUGAAGCUCUAGUGCAUAAGAUGUUAUUUGCUGAUCAGUCCCUUUAUGCUUUCUACAGUAAGGAGAGAAGGAAUUCGAAGGAAAAAGGGUCAAUCCCAUUUGUAGUAUCUACUGGUGUUAACAGCUCGACACACAAGAACAUCCUCACUCAAACGGAGGCAAUGGCUACUCUAGAGGAAUCUCGUCUCAUCGGAAGAGGGAAUGAAAAAGAGGAAAUCAUCAAACUAAUCUCAAAUAAAGAUCUCCGGCAAUUUCAUGUGAUCUCCUUGUGGGGAAUGGGUGGUAUUGGAAAAACAACACUAGUGAAAGAUAUCUAUCAAAGCCAAGAGAAUAGUAGCAUGUUUGAUAAGCGUGCUUGUGUCACAGUCAUGCGUCCUUUCAAUUUAGCAAUGCUCCUUGAGAGCUUAAUUAUGCAAUUCAGAGAUAAUAAUGAGGCAGAUUUAAGGACAUGUUUAGAAGGAAAGAGAUAUUUGCUUGUUGUUGAUGAUCUGUGGUCCAUAGUAGAGUGGGACGCUAUAAAACCAUAUUUGCCAGAAACGGGAGCAAGCUGCAUAAUAGUCACCACAAGGGAAGAGAAUAUUGCUAAGCACUGCUCAAAGGAUGAAACGAAUAUAUACAAGCUCAAACAUCUGGGCCCUGCUGACGCAUGUACCCUCUUCACCAAAAAGGGCAGGGCCGCCCGAGCUGGUUUCGUGCCAACUCAGUGGCAACCUAUUACUGAUCUGGAGGACCCAGCCUGGGUUUUCACUCUCCGCCCAAUAGCAUGGCCAACAAAGGAUAAGGCCGCGAUGCCAACAUCGCAAGAGAAGCUGGAAAGGUUGGUAGUCAAUAGAAUGCACAGUGCGCAGAGGCUAGACUAUAUCAAGUUAAUGGCUGCUUAUGUGGAGCAAAUAAGAAAGAACCCUAUCAAUGUAUUUAAAGAGACCGUCAAUUUGGACGAGCAAUAUCCAGAGUUGGUUGAAGAUGCAAAACUGAUAUUGAAGAAGUGCAGAGGACUUCCCCUUGCACUAGUCACCAUAGGUGGCUUCUUGGCAAACCAACCAAAAACUGCUUUUGAAUGGAGAAAAUUGAAUGAUCAUAUCAGUUCUGAGUUGGAGAUGAAUCCCAAACUUGGUAUCAUAAAAGCAGUCCUUAUGAAAAGCUAUGAUGGUUUACCCUAUCACCUCAAGGCUUGUUUCUUGUAUCUAGCCAUCUUUCUUGAAGAUCAGCAGAUUGCACGAAGACGCUUAGUGCAUCGGUGGCUUGCAGAGGGUUACUCAAGUGAGGUGCGUGGUAAGUCUGCGGAAGAAAUAUUGGACGGUUACUUCAUGGACCUCAUAAGUAGGAGCAUGAUCCUGCCAUCUCAACGGUCAGUUUAUUGUAGGAAAGAAAUUGACUCUUGCCAUGUCCAUGAUCUCAUUCGUGAAAUUGCCAUCUCAAAGGCUAUGGAGGAAAAUCUUUUUUUCAUGUUGGAGGAAGACUGCAGUUUAAAUAACCAAGGCACAGUGCGUCAUCUUGCUGUAAGCAGCAACUGGAAGGGGGAUCAGUGUGAGUUUGAGAAUAUAGUAGACUUGUCCUGUGUACGAUCUUUGACAGUGUUUGGAAAUUGGAGGCCGUUUUACAUUUCUGAUAAGAUGAGGUUGCUACGAGUGCUGGAUUUGGAGGGCGAGUGGGAUCUAUUUGAUCAUCAUCUUGAGCACAUUGGGAAGCUUGUACAUCUUAGAUAUCUUUCUUUAAGGGGACAUGCUGAUAUAUUUUACCUGCCAAAUUCGUUGGGUAACCUGAGACAACUCCUGACACUAGAUAUUUCGGGUACAGGCAUAAUAAAGCUACCAAGGACUAUCAUCAAGCUUGUGAAGAUGCAACGCAUUCUUGCUAGUGGCAUAGGAGAGACACAUGAGGAUAUAUAUGAAGAUGCAGAUGAGCAGUCGCGAAUGAGUUUGCCUUCGCAUUUAGUUGCCUUUUGUUUGGCAUGUCGUGAUUUUGCAAGUGAAGACGAUGCACAAGCACAACCUAACAGGCGUGAUAUGUGCACUGCGUUCUGCUGCGGCAUAUUACCUUAUUAUGCAGCAGGACGACAUCCAGGUGGUGUUGAAGUGCCAAGAGGAAUUUGGAAACUGAAGGCCCUGCGCACACUGCGUAUGGUGGACGUCUCAGUGGGGAAGGCUGUUGUUGAAGAUAUAAAAAAGCUCACCCGGCUGCGCAAGUUAGGAGUGACAGGCAUCAACAAGACAAAUGGUCAGGAGUUGUGUGCAGCAAUUGCUGGUCUCAGCAGCCUGGAGUCAUUGUCACUGCGAUCAUAUGGAAAGGCAGGUUUAUCAGGUUGCUUGGAUGGCUUGUCCUCACCUCCAGAAAACCUGCAGAGCCUCAAGUUGUUUGGCAACCUGGUUAAACUGCCGGAGUGGAUCCGGGGGCUUAAAAAUCUCGUGAAGCUGAAGCUAGAGAGGUCGAGGAUAUUGGAUUACGGUGCAGCCGUAAAAGUCCUUGGGAAACUAUCAAACCUGGCCUCCCUACGUCUAUUGAAGCACUCGUUCGUUGGUCAAGAGGUCCGUUUAAGAUUUCAUCGGGAGGCAUUCCCGAGCCUGAAGGUGCUGCAGCUGCAUUGGAUAAACAAUCUCAAGUCGGUGAAAUUUGAAGAAGGGGCAACACCUAAGCUUGAGUUGCUGCAGUAUUUUGAUUGGAGCCGUCCCAGUUAUGGGCUCUUUUCUGGGUUACCGCAUCUCCCAAGCCUCAAGGAAGUUAUGCUGCAUAGGUCAGUCUGGCGUGAGACCGAGUUCAGGGAAGACCUGGGAUGCCAGCUCGCAGAGAAUCAAAACAGGCCCGUUUUGAAGAGGUGGAAUGAGAAGUAGCUGUAUUCAACUCUCGUCUUGUGUAGUAAGUAUUUUUUUUUCUCAGUUUGAUAUUUUAUUUUUGCCCAAGAGGCUGUAAUAAGGUAGCUGGCUCUCUAGCUGCUCACGGAGCGAGUAUGGGCCAUGCAUACUCAGCCUUUUGGCCGGAUGGGGUGCCGGAUUUUGUACACGCUUUGAUUGCGAGCGACAUGGCUGGUCGUUCUGGUUAAUGGAAUGAAGGCCAUUCCGAC